UGAUUGGUGGAAUGUUAACCUUCUCAGUCGCUCUGUGUUGUUGGUUGGUUCAAGUGGAGUUGGUCUGUAACCUGUUGAUUGUUGGCGGAAUAUCUCCAGUUUCUCUUUUAUUUACUGUCAGGGACUAGCAGAGUAUAAAGAAGACAGGAGUUAAAUAAUGGUGCAGCCAGUAACAGAGAUGGCAGUAGUACGUGUGUAUCGUGGAUGGGGGAAUACACAGUCUCAAGCAGCAGCUAAGAAAGUCCAUCUUCAGCGCCUUCAACGGUCUUGUCCCAUGGUAGAGUCUCUAGAACACGAGGUCUGCUACUACAUCCUCACUGAUCAAGAGAAUAAAGGACCCUGUGGCAGUGAUGUAGCAGAAGUGCUCGGUGGUGAAGUAGCUUGUCAACUCUGGGGACUUUUGGGCGAUCCUUGGGUGGAUGGACUUGACCUACACACCAACACUCAGCUACAAGUUAACACAGAGACUACCCAGACCAUUAUUGAAAUUGGUCCCAGACUGAACUUCACGACAGCAUGGAGCACCAAUGCAGUCAGUAUAUGUCAUGCCAUGGGCCUUACUUGUGUAACCAGACUUGAGCGAGCACACCGCUAUCUGGUUACCACCAAGGAAACACUUGACACUGGAAAGAGGGAGGAGAUUGUCACGGCACUUCAUGAUCCCAUGACAGAGCAAGAGUAUGAAAAGCCUCAAGAGAGCUUCCUGCAGGAGGUAAAACCUCAGAAGUGGUGGCAAGUGGAUGUACUGAAGGAGGGCAAAAAAGCACUGCAGCAAGCAAAUGGCAAGAUGGGUCUGGCAUUUGAUGAAUGGGACAUUGAUUAUUACACUGAUAUGUUCAAGAAAAAUAUACAGCGAAAUCCCACCACUGUGGAGCUGUUUGAUCUCGCCCAGUCAAACUCUGAACACUCAAGACACUGGUUCUUUAAGGGAGAAUACAAGGUGGAGGGAGAGAAGUUACCACAAUCACUGUUUGAUAUGGUGAUGGCGACCAACACCCCCAACACUACUAACAACAACAAUGUUAUUGCUUUCUCUGACAAUUCUAGCGGUAUUCACGGAUGGGAGGCACCAAUGUUGGUGCCAUCUGACCCCUGCAAGAGCUCGGAGUUCAGAAUUCAGCAACAGCUCCGUCACUUGAUCUUCACGGCAGAGACUCAUAAUUUCCCAACUGGUGUUUCCCCAUUCAGCGGGGCUACAACGGGAACUGGAGGACGUAUCCGUGAUAUCCAGGCAACAGGCCGUGGAGGUCACGUAGUGGCUGGUACUGCUGGCUACUGCUUUGGUAAUCUUUGCAUUCCUGAGUAUGAUCUACCAUGGGAGUCUACAGACACACAGUACCCAACCAACUUCGCCUCACCACUGGAGGUUGCUAUAGAGGCCUCCAAUGGUGCCUCUGACUAUGGCAACAAGUUUGGUGAGCCAGUUAUUGCUGGCUUUGCUCGUUCCUUUGGGCUUCUUAUUGGCAAAGACACAGAGGCUGAGAGACGUGAGUGGAUCAAACCCAUAAUGUUCAGUGGAGGGAUGGGUACCUUGGAUGCUGCCAUGAUUAAGAAACAGCCUCCAAAGAAAGGUGAGCAUGUGGUGAAGGUGGGAGGACCCGUAUACAGGAUUGGCGUAGGUGGCGGUGCUGCGUCCUCAGUGCAGGUGCAGGGUGAUAAUGAGGUAGCUAGGGACCUUGGUGCUGUACAGCGUGGGGAUGCUGAAAUGGAGCAGAAGAUGAACAGAGUGAUACGUGGCUGCCUGGAAAUGAAGACCAACCCCAUUUUGGCAAUACAUGACCAAGGUGCAGGUGGCAAUGCAAAUGUACUGAAGGAGUUGAUGGAGGGUGCAGGUGGAGUGAUUUUCACGGAAAGCUUCAGCCUCGGAGAUCCUACACUGUCAACGCUGGAGAUCUGGGGUGCUGAAUAUCAGGAAUCGAAUGCUUUUUUGUCCGAUGCAAAAGUCCUCCCAACCCUCACUCAGCUUGCUGCCAGGGAACGGUGUCCCAUGGAUGUUGUAGGUGUCAUCACUGGAGAUGACAAGGUUCGUUUAGUGGAAGGCAAGAUGGAUUCUAGUGUAAUGGAAAAGCUGGAGGAGAUUGAGGGAGCACAACAUCCUGUUGACUUACACUUGGACUGUGUACUGGGCAAAAUGCCAAAGAAGGAAUUUCAAUGGACAAAAAAGCAAGUUGAGCUACAACCCUUGGUGCUGCCAGACUCGCUGAAAGUUCAAGAGGCCUUGGAGCGUGUGCUGAAACUUCCCUCCGUAGCUAGCAAAAGAUAUCUAACCAACAAGGUGGACCGGUCAGUGACGGGCUUGGUAGCACAACAGCAGUGUGUAGGUCCUCUACACACUCCUCUGGCAGAUGUUGCUGUCACUGCUGUCUCUUACUUCAGCAAGGAGGGAACAGCAACAAGUAUUGGGGAGCAGCCCAUUAAGAUGCUGGUAUCCCCUGCUGCAGGUGCUCGACUUGCAGUUCUGGAGGCACUUACCAACUUGGCCGCUGCUCCCAUCUCUAACAUUAAGGAUGUUAAAUGCUCAGCCAACUGGAUGUGGGCGGCCAAACUGCCAGGUGAGGGGUGGGCGCUGUAUCAGGCAUGUGAGGCCAUGUGUGAGAUCAUGAAAGCUGUGGGUGUGGGUGUAGAUGGUGGCAAGGACUCGCUGAGUAUGGCAGCACGGGUUCCUGGGCAAGAAGGUGCGAGCAGCGUUGUCAAGGCUCCUGGAUCCCUGGUGGUGUCUGCAUAUGCUCCUUGUCCUGACAUCACUAAGAUAGUGACACCAGACAUAAAGAGCCCAGGAGGAGGGGGCGAAGGCACUCUCCUGUGGGUGCGUCCUGUGCCUGCCCACGCCCGCCUGGCUGGCUCUGCCCUUGCUCAAGUGUACAGCCAGGUGGGCCAUGACUGUCCAGAUGUGGAUGUAAAUGAAAUUGUGGCCUUUGUGGCUGCCUUUAACCUCAUCCAGCAGUUGAUUAAGGAGGGUUUAGUGUUAGCACUACAUGAUGUAAGUGAUGGAGGGUUAGUGACCUGCCUGCUGGAGAUGGGUGUGUCUGGCUGGUGUGGCAUGAAAGUGGAUGUUCCACCAGCACCUGCCCCACCAAAAUCAAGCACUGACCAGGUGCCACCAACUCUUGCUGCUCUCUUCGGUGAGGAAGUGGGGUGGGUGUUGGAGGUGAAGAGUGACUUGAACAACAGUGUAUUGGAGAGGUUCCUGAGUGCUGGAGUCCCUGGCACCUGUCUCUUGGGCACCACUAACGGUCUUGGUGCUCAUGCGCAGAUUGAUAUCAGGGUAGAUGGUCAAAAAGCCACUUGCUUGACAGUGCUAGAGGCUGCUAGACUAUGGGAGAAGACAAGUUACCAUCUUGAAGCACGUCAGGCCAACCCAGAUUGUGUUGAAGAGGAGUACAGCAGCCUAGUUAAACGAGCAUACACCACAUACCAUGUCCCCUUCUCGUACAGGGAUUUUGUCUUAGGCCCAGAGGCCAAUUUGGUGAGCAUACCUCGUGUGGCUGUCAUACGUGAGGAGGGUACCAAUGGAGACAGGGAGAUGGUAGCGGCACUCCUGCAGGCUGGCUUCUGUGUACACGAUGUUACCAUGACUGAUCUCUUGGCCAGUGGGGUCACCCUGGAGGGAUUCAGAGGGGUGGUCUUCCCAGGAGGGUUCAGUUAUGCAGAUGUCUUAGGGUCAGCAGUAGGUUGGGUCAGUGUGAUUAAAGGAUGUUCAAGUAUGCUGGCAGCAUUAGAGGCAUGGAGAAGCAAACCUACCAGUUUCUCUCUGGGUGUGUGUAAUGGCUGUCAAUUGAUGGCCCUCCUAGGCUGGCUUGAUCCAUCCUGCCACCAUAGAGAUAGGUCACCAGCAGUUCGUCUGACCCACAAUACUUCAGGACGCUUUGAAUCUCGGUGGUCCCGAGUUCAAAUUGAAACAUCAAACUCUGUGCUACUGAAAGGCAUGCAGGGAGCAAGACUAGGAGUGUGGGUGGCCCAUGGAGAAGGUCGCUUCAUUUACCGAACCGAAGAAGUCCUGCCUGCACUGAAAUCUGCUGGCAGUGUCGCCCUCUGCUACUUAGAUGACCAAGACCAACCCACCCAGCAGUACCCCUUCAACCCUAAUGGCUCACAAGAUGGCGUGGCUGGUGUGACAUCUCCCUGUGGGAGGCACUUAGCCCUCAUGCCUCAUCCUGAGAGAUGUGUCCUCACCUGGCAGUGGCCUUACCUUGCCCCGCCCCUCUUCACACAACCCCCAGCUCAAAGGCUCACUGCCCCAUGGAGCAAGCUCUUCCAGAAUGCUUUUGACUGGUGUUUGGAAAACCCUUAGUUAUAACAGGACCUUUGUUUGAAAACCCAUAACUGUAAAAGAACCCUACUGGAAAAUGUUAAAUGUUAUAAUAGGAUAGCAUCUAUAAGACUUGGAACUAAUAAGAAAAUGUAUAGUUGCAGAAAUAACUCAAACAAACAGAUAAGAAAUUGUGGUAUUACCCAACUUGAAAGGUGUAGUAAUGGAGGGGUCUCUUGUAAGACAUGGAUCUCAAUGACUUGGAAUAUUGGUAGCAAGAUAUAGCAGGAAAACAUUAUCUGAAUGUUACUACAUAUACUGUAAUAUAUUGUAUAGUAGUUUAAUUAGAUGGAAGCAGCCUUGUUAAAGUUUAUCCCUAAAAUUCAACUUGUUUAAAGUUAUAAUUUUAAGCAUUUUCCCACUGCAGUAUACAGUAUAUCAUUUGAAAUAUAUUACGAAAUAUGAAAUUAUGUUCACAAAUAACAUUUAAUAAAAUGGUUGGAAGAUA